GGGAAACACAUUACACCUGCUAAACAUGUCUUCAGUAGCCAAAGCCGUCAGCACCAAAGUCGAGUGGGCCACCAUCAUCUCCAAGUUGGGAUUGACUGGAAGCACCGCCAGCUCCUUGAACGCCUUCAAAAAGAGACACGAUGAGGCCAAGAAGGAAUAUCUCACCUUGUCCCAACAACCUACCACUGUUGAUUUCGAACACUACAAAACCGUUUUGAAUAACAAAAAAGUGGUCGAAGACAUCGCCAAAAAGGUUGGUGAAUUCAAGCCCGCCACCUACGACGUGUCCAAGACCCUCAAGACCAUCGAGGUGUUUGAGGCCAAGGCCAUUGAAAACGCCAAAUUGACUGAAAAGUCUGUGUUGGACGAAAUCAACCAAUUAAACACCACUUUGAAGGACAUUGAAAACUCGCGUCCUUUCGACCAAUUGACCGUCGACGAUGUGGCUAAGGCCAGACCCGACUUGGACGAUAAGGUCAACUAUAUGAUCAAGAACGGUAAAUGGAACGUUCCAGGAUACAAGGAGAAGUUCGGUGACUUGACUGUCAUGUAAGUUUCUGUUUAUUAUCCUCAUCAUAUUACGCUCCAUGUCAUAUAUACUGAAUAUUAGGUUCUACCGAAGACUAUAUAUUCCGUCAUCAAUAUAAAAAAUUCGAUCAAAAUACCGGAAAUAUUCGCCGGGAAGGUACGACACUGUCGAUACUUGAUGGCAGGGUGGGACCAGUUGUGCCACUGGGCGGGCGUAGAAUCCUCUGUCAAAUUGUCGACUCCAGCUUGUCACUACAACGUUACAUUUGUACUUGCGCUUCAAAAGUGCCAAUUGCUUCAGCAACUGCAGGAAGAGCCCAAGCCGCCCGGAGGCCUUUAGUUGCCAGUAGAACCUUGACACCCCAUCCACCACCACGCACACAAGAUGCUCAUGUGGGGUGAGGUUGGAGGUCACGUGACCCACCUUCUGGAGGAGGUCUUCAAAGGUGUCGGCAGCUACAUGCGCACCUGGCCAGGGCAACGUCUGCAGGCCCCCGCACACAAUGACGAUGGUGGCAGGUGUGUACACGUGACGUGAAAUGUACUGUUUCC